AUGGCAAUAGUUUUACCACGUUAUUUGAAAUAUUUUUCAUUAAUUGUGAUGUUUUUUGCUGUUCUUUACAAAUAUGAAAUUCCAUCUGAUCCAUCAUCAUCUGAAACAAAAACUUUAAUGUUAACUAAAAUAGCAACAGUUCAAUAUGAUCGAGCACAUGUAUAUAAAGUUAUAACAAAUAUUGAAAAAUAUGCAUUGUGGUAUCCAAAUGUUGCUCGUGUUGAACAUAUUCAAUUAAUUCCAGUACAUGUACAUAAUCAUGAAGGUGAAAAAUAUCGAUUAAUUACUAAAGUGCCUUUAAUUGGCGAUGUAUCAUCAUCUUUAAUUAUUCAUACGGAUGAAAGACCAAAACAGUUUAUCUAUUCUGUUGAUUCAUGGUUACUAGAAACAAAUUCAAUUGAAUUAAAAGAUAGUUUAACAAGUAUAAAUUCAACUCGUAUCGAGUGGACAGUUUAUACAAGACGACGUAGUAUUCUUUUUCAAUAUAUUCUUUUACCAUUUGCUAAUUUUUAUAAAAAUCAAAUUGUUCGUGAAGCAUUAUUUUCACUUGUAAUGCAAAUUCGUGAUCUUUAA